AAUUUAGAUUUCAAGCUUUCUGAUUGUUACACGAUUGGGUCGCCAUUGCUAGAUCACUUGAAGUUCAGGGAGAAGAAGCCAGGCCAUGCAGAAGAGAGAGCAGAGUAAGUUGGGCGGUAAUGUUGGCGGCGUCUCGGCGCCUCCGGCUAAGCGAGGCCGUCCAUUCGGCAGCGUAAACAGCAACGCCGCCGCUGCAGUCGAGAUCUUGGCUCCAUCGGCACUGCUUGGCCCUUCUUUCCAUGUUCAUACUUCCUUCGCCGAUCAAAACAAUAAAAAGAUAGUGUUGGCGCUACAGAGUGGCUUGAAGAGUGAAUUGACAUGGGCACUGAACACUCUAACUCUUCUCUCCUUCAAAGAGAAGGACGAUAUGCGCAGAGAUUCUACUCCUCUAGCAAAAAUUCCCGGCUUGCUUGAUGCUCUUCUUCAAGUUAUAGAUGAUUGGCGUGAUAUAGCACUUCCGAAGGAUCUUGUAAAGAAGGCAAGGAUCAGAACGUUAGGUGUAAAUUCUUCUGUAACGGGAUUUGGGAAUGAAUAUGAGGCAUUGGGCUCAAAUGGCCUGAGACCUGGUUCUUCAGCUUCAGAGGUAACGAUUCACACUUCCAAAUCAUCUCCUCGACAUUGGUGGCUUGAUGAAGAUGGUCUAUUUAGUCUGGAUGACGAAGGCCGAGCAGAAAGACAGCAAUGUGCUGUUUCUGCUUCAAAUAUUAUCCGAAACUUUUCUUUCAUGCCAGAGAAUGAAUCUAUUAUGGCUCAACAUCGACAUACUCUGGAAACAGUGUUUCAGUGUAUAGAAGAUCAUGUUACAGAGGAUGAUGAACUUGUUACAAAUGCACUAGAGACAAUUGUGAAUUUAUCCCCACUCCUUGAUCUUCGUAUCUUUAGUUCAUCAAAGCCAUCCUACAUCAAAAUAACAGAGAAACGAGCAGUGGAAGGCAUCAUGGGAAUGCUUGGAUCUUCUGUCAAAGUCUGGCACUGUUCUGCUGCAGAAUUACUCGGACGAUUGAUAAUAAAUCCCGACAAUGAGCCUUUCCUUCUUCCCUUUAUCCCCCAGAUACACAAGCGUUUAGUCGACCUUAUGAGCAUCCCAGCAUUAGAUGCACAAGCAGCAGCUGUUGGUGCACUGUCCAACCUUGUUGAAGUUAAUAUGGACUGCAGAUUAAAGCUGGCAAGCGAAAGAUGGGCGAUCGAUCGACUUCUUAAAGUAAUCAAGAUGCCUCAUCCAGUUCCGGAAAUAUGCAGGAAAGCAGCAAUGAUAUUGGAGAGUCUCGUAUCUGAGCCACAGAACAAGGGUGUGCUCCUAGCAUUUGAAAAUGCAUUUGCAGAAAUACUCUUCUUAGAUGGCAGAUAUUCAGAUAUAUUCGCUAGGAUAUUGUAUGAGCUAACUUCCAGACCAAACAAUAAAGUUGCUGCUGCUCAAGGAGUAUGGGGCAUGUGAUCAGAAGUAUCCUACAACCAAUUGUAUUCUUCGGCUGGAGAUCACUGGACUAGUAGCUGCUAGAUUCGAGCCUAGGACGAGAUCGCUGGACUAGUACCUGCUACCGAUUCAAGCAAAGGACUCGACCCAUGUCGUUGCUGUAAAAUGUAAAUAUCAUCAGUCUACUAACUUACAUAUACAUCUAAUUCAAGCUAUGUAUCUUCCAACUCUGUAUUUCUACUGCUUACUUAUAAUCUCUUGUAAGUUACUUCUAUUUCCAAUAUUACUUUUUUUUUUUUUU